GCAACCUGACAUUCAUGAGCAUUAAUAGCCUUGUUUACCUGUACUAGUGGACUGCCAAGGUUGAACUCAUUCAUGUGUGAAAAAUGUUGUCGAGGCAUCUGUACAUCUUCUUUGUCGAAUUGCAUUAUUGAAGUAAAUCAAGAUGCAGCUUCAAUAUCUUAAUAAGUUAUGUCACUGAACAUUGGCAAGGUGUAUUCAGUAAGCACAGAUCUGAGGGGCUGUAUUUCCUUCAUCGAACACACGCUGCGUUCAUCAUAGUUUGGGACUUUCUACUCUAUUUGGGAAUCAUGCAGUUGUUAGGCUUACGGAUACGAACGAACUAGAACUUGUUUGGCAGCACAAUGAAUAACGAAUGCCCUGCCGUCUUUAAUGACCAGUACACAAGCUCUGUUGGCGCCAUCGUCAGGUCGCAAACCGAUUACUUUGACGACACAGUGCGUCAGAUUAUAGAAACUUCAAUCAUUCCGAGAGGCGAACCGUUUACAGUUGGCGACUAUGGGAGUCAUGACGGAUCUUCAUCGAAGGAUAUUCUCGAACACCUACUAGGCGCCCUCAAGAAGCACCAUGGAGAAGACCUCCCUGUCCAUAUAAUCUACGAAGACACCGCCAAUAAUGACUUCAAUGCCUUGGUUAAGAAGGUUUGCUGUAAUUGGAGAGAGUCACCUAACCACCAAAAGGUCUUUCUGUCCAUGUGCCCCACCAGCUUCUAUGAGCAGUGUGUUCCUGACAACACGUUCCACGUGCUCCUCAGUUUUUGGUCUGUUCACUUCCUGCCUAGUUCUGUAUGGUAUAAAGAUUCCUUGAAUACGUUUCCUGACGGCUCACGUGCUGAAUGCGAUGCUAUGGCGGCUUUGGCGUGCGAUGGAUGGCAACGAUUCCUCCUCAUUAGAGCAAAGGAAAUCAAAAGUGGUGGGUGUAUGUUGCUGAUAGUUCCUGCACAAGAUACAGACAUGACAUAUGGUGAAAGCAGAGUUCAUUUGCAGAACCUGUGGGUAGCCAUGACGACAGUGUGGAGAUUGUUAAGGGAUCUGCAUCAAGUGACAGAGUGUGAGUACGAGGCAGCCAACUACCCCGGCUACUACAGGAAUGAGGAGGAACUAAGAGCUCCUUUUCGUGACGACGCCUCCCCGGUUGUCAAGGCUGGACUGCGAAUAAGGUCCCUAACACUAACCCACGAAAAAAUCCACAUCUUGAAGCAGAGGUGUAAAGACAUAGAGCAAGAAACAGAGGAUAUGGAUGACCUGGAAAGUUCUGUUUCUAAAUUCGUCUCAGCAAUCCGAUCCUGGACGGAAUAUAUGUUCAUGCAGGCCCUUUCCAGUAGAUCCCCCGACUCCAGGCGGGACGUGGUCAACACAUUCUAUGACCUGCUGGUUGAACAUAUUAAGCAGCAAGACAUCUCCACCUGUGGAUGGGAUAACGUUAUAGCUUAUGUCGUCAUCACGAAGAAGUAGAAGAGAAGAAGGGCUAGUUCCCGAUAGCUACUUCCCCAUAUUGAGGUCUGACAGUAACUUGAUUAUUAGAACAAGAACUACUCCACACUAGCACCACCACCCCCACAGUUUGACACCAUACUGUGCCUGCUGACACCAUCCUCCCCAACAGAAGCAACAAAAGCAACACAGUCAGUCUCAUCUUACCCAGCAGCAAACCCCAGUAACGACACUGGUACAUGUCCCCAAAUAUACAGGCCAACAGGAUGCUAAGUUAUCGAAAUAUCUACAAUUCGCACUCCCAAUCCUGUAGAAUUCUGCCCUUCUACCAAGAUGGAGCUGCUAAAGUGUCGUUCAAGGACCUGACUGCGUAUACACAGCUGGACACACAAGCGGCCUUUCAGCAAUGAUUUUGACGUUCAUCAGCCUUCGAUUGGAGUCAUCUCCAUAUGACGCAGACGGAGCAAGUGAACGUUGAAGACCUCAUCACCAGUGUCCAAGCAUCUGCGUUACAAUACAGCUUACCACAAUCUGAGAUAGGGCUACUCCCACAGAUUAGGCUGUGGGUGUAUAUGAAGGAGCCAUCGACCUUGGAUGAGGUUCGUCAAGAGGCCCAACUGGCUGUACAAUCGCAGGCCAACACAACGGCCAGCUUGGUCCAACAAAUUAAGCAAUUGACGACCCUCUGAUGUACAAUCAAUACCAACAAUCACAGAAGCAAUACCAACCAUCAUUUGAACAAUACCAAGCAAAACAGCAACAGUACCAACCAGAGCAGCAGUGCCAACCACCACAACCACAAUAGCAGCCUCUGUAGGAAAAAUAUCAACCACCACAGGAACAAUACCAACUAUCACCACAGCAAUACCAGCCAACCCCCAUAGGAGUAUCCAGCCACAGCAACAGUCAUGGGCUGCCACUUCCACAACACCUUAGAGGCAGAUGUCGCUGAUGUGUUUGACUUUUUUCGGUUUCCUCACAAUUGUCCUCAUAGAAAUAGUCUGUAAUUAUUGCUCACGUACAGGACACAAUGCAAAGAUAUGUAUGCGUGCAUACUAUGCACAAUAUGGAAAGAUUCUGGGACUUGUACCUGAUACUCAACAUUCUGGCGUCAGUCAAGACUCAGCGUUUGUAGCACUUGUGCCUCCCUUGACCUAGGACACUGUUCAUAGUAAGAUGCAAUAAAAUAUAAGUGGGAACUACAGCUCUUGUUAACACAGGUGCAUCAGUUAGCUGUGUCAGCAUGGACUACUUUCACAAAAUUGGCACCAAACCCUGUCAUUUAGGCGCAUGUCACCUCACCGAAAUCAUAGGUGUAGGUGGAGAAAACAAUUCUGUGUUAAGUUCUGUCUCUCUUGGCAUUUACAUAGGGCACAUCUACCUCUCACAAAUCUUUCACGUCCUUUAUUACUUACAUCACUCCCGCAGCUUAGGCACUGACUUCAUUGAAUUAAACAAAGUUACAGUAGACCUGCCCUCGGGGUGCCUUCACAAGGUCUUGUGUCAGUCUUUCUAGUGUCAUAGCGACUGAUUUACGACACCCAUUGUCUGAAGAACGUUUAAUUGCAAAGACUCAUCACCCAGGAGCCAUGACAUCUAUAUGCCUUGAAACACUUAAUUGCUGUUAUAUGUAAGAUGCUAAUCCUAUUUGUUGAUUCCCCAUUUUUGUGUACUGAACUAGAUGUGCAAGAAUGCCACUGAUGAUUUACUGUUUACAUUAAUAUUUAUUACUUACUAAAUGUCAGGUGACCUUGGCUAUAUAAGCUUUGGUCCAGAGAGAUUGACAAAAAGAAGAAGAAAGGUCUUACCC